UUUUUGUAACUAAAUAUGUUUUCUGAAGUUUUUACUAGUGGGUCAGGCAGUCGUACUGACAACUUCCACCAUUUUUUAAACUUCAUGUAUAUUCUACCCUGAAAGCAUUUUACUGUUAACUACUGCAUAGGAGGUGUAUCUAAUUCUACCAGUGGGGUUAAAGUUGGUAUUCUCAGGCAAGUGACUAGACCAAAGUCAUUGUCUAUCGUUAGCCUUCAACCGGCCGUGUAGCCUCUCGUUUUCAUCGCCAAGCUAGUAGAUUACUAGUAGCCAGUCUCCCGGUCACAGUUUUAUUCGACUAAUGAAUUAUGUAACUUACCUGUGAUACUGUAGUUAAAAGAUAUUGACCGUGAACUUUAAAAAAAUAAAUUACGAAAGUGAAUCAUUUGUCAUGAUAUGAAUAUGAUCUGCUUUGAAUGAAAUAUUUAUCAACCCAGUCGAUAUGAAAAUCGCUGUACCAUGAUACUAAAAUAAAUUAACUGUAUUCCCUUGUUGGGCUGGGAUCGUAAUAUUGUGAAUGUCUACUGCAUAGUUAUUGAGAAUGAAAUGUUCAAAGCGAAAUUAUUGUUAUUCUUACGGUCAAAAAGUGAUUAAAGGAGCUGUUAUAUUGCUAAUGCUGCAGAUUACGGUUAUUUUCACCUACAUGCAUUUGACUGUUAAUUCAACCAAAGUUUUUCAAGAUAGAAAUUAUUACAAACUAUACCAGAAUAUGCUAUUGUCUAAUGCAACAAAAAUAGAACGUUUGGAUACAGCUAACACACAAUCAGAUACUGCAGUGGGAUUCCAGCUCAAAGUCAACAGAGGUGACGCAUUAAUUUACGGUCACUUUAGAAAAACUAAAAGUUUUCUUACUAUUGGUAUCCCGACUAUGCAAAGACCUGGAAUUAGUUAUUUGGAGAAAACUUUAGAAUCCUUAAUAAUGUUGACAAGCGAGCAGGAACGAUUGGAAAUCGUGAUUGCAUUAUAUAUGGCAGACGAAAAUCAAACAUGGGUAGACUUUACAGCAAAAGAUCUCAAGAAAAAAUACCAAAAGCAUUUUGAUUCAGGAUUUUUACACAUAUUUCACUACCACGAACAGAUAUAUCCUGACUUUAAUAGCUUGUACCGUACAUUUAACGAUGCCACCGAACGAGUUAUUUGGAGAAGCAAGCAAAAUAUAGAUUAUGCUUUCAUGUUUAUGUACAGCCACAAUAUUUCUGAAUAUUAUAUUCAGUUGGAAGAUGAUAUACAAGCAAUCCCAAAUUAUUUUUAUAAAAUUAAAUUUUUUAUUUCAUCGAUGAAUAAAAAACGCACCAAAUGGUUUUGUCUAGAUUUUUGUAAUCUUGGAUUCGUUGGAAAACUAGUACGUAAUGAUGAAUUGUUAGUUCUGGCAAAGUUUCUGUUAAUGUUUUUCAACGACCAACCAGGCGACAACUUGCUGGGAUAUCUUAAGCACGUAAAAACACAAUUUAAAGACAUAAGACACAAACCGUCGUUAUUUCAACAUGUGGGUGUUGUAUCAUCACUCAGAGGUAAAAGACAAUUUUUGCAAGAUGGUACAUUGAAAAAGAAAUCUUCUAAAAAACGAUUCUAUAAUGACAAUCCGCCUGCAAAUAUUGAAACAACGAUUGAAACAUUCGAGAAGAAUUUUCCGAAAAAUCCUUAUGGUCUCUCGGACGACUAUUUCUGGGGGAUUUCGCCAAAGCAGGGCGACGUAUUCACCAUAAAAUUUCAUAAACCAGAACAAGUAACAGGAAUAUAUAUAAAAUUUGGAUUGCUAGAACAACCGGAUGAUAUAUUAUCAGAGGGAAAGCUUAAAGUUUCACAAAAUUGUAAAAACUGGAAAUACAUUAAGAGUAUUCAUGGACAUCAAAGUGUCAUAAAUCUGGAUAGAGGUUAUUCGAAUUGGCCAAGUCAAUUACAAUGUGUGACAAUAGAAGUGACUAGAACACAAGCGAUAUGGAUGAUCAUUCAAGAAAUAUCUAUUUUUACUAAACGGUAAAGCUGGAAAUAAAAUAAACACAGGUGCAAUAAUGGUUUUAGAAACAACAUUCAAAGAAAUAAAUGUAUGCAAUUGUUGUAGAUUUUUUAGUAUAAACAACCGAUUGUUACAUGAACGAACAUAUAUACUUGUUUAAACCAUCCGCAUUUCUGCGCCUGUCCCAAGUCUGGAGCCUCUGGCUUUCGUUAGCCUUGGAUGGUUAUUCAUUUAAGUUCAUUUAAAUGUUUUGGCGUUCAUUUUCACUGAAUUCGUACAGUAUGUUAUUUGGGGUCCAGCUGAGAACCACCUCCUGGUGCGGGAUUUUCUCGCUGUGUUGAAGCCACAUUGUUGUCUGCUUUUUGGUUGGGUUGUUGUCUCUUUGAAAUUCACUAUUUCUAUUCUCGAUUUUAUUUUCCACAAAUUUCCCAAGGUUGUAAAUACCACACUAAAAUUUUUCAUUCAUGAUAGUUCUAUAACUAUCAGAAAGUAGUAAGUAUCCCAUGAUACUAAAACUAUUUUGAUAAACUGAAUUGAAUGAAAUUUCUAAAUUUGUAUGAACAAUGAACAGUUAAAACAAGAAACGACAAACAAUAAGACAAAUAACACUGAAAAAAACUAAAACUAAUAAGAAACGUGGACCACGAAAAAACAGAACAGAGCUUUCGUCUUGUAAGACACUUGCCGUGAAAAAAAACAUUGAUAUGGAGACAAACUUUUGGUUUUGAAAUUUACUACAUGAAGCAAUUGCCUCAAUGUAGUUCAAGUUACGGCUCUAUCAUAAAAGUGAGGUAAGUGUUACAGAGACAAUAUAAUAAUAAAUUUAAAUGAAACCUAUUUCAGACAUUUGCA